UCCUUGCCGGUGUAUAUUUGCUUAUUAGUGAAAGCUCCGAAGUAUAAUAUAAAUCGAAAUGUCCUUAAAAACUCUAAAAGUAUUUCCUUCAAAAAAUCCUUCGGAAAAGAAGAUUAACACUAUCCGCGCGUUCGAAUUCAUUUAUUCUACGUUAAAGCUGCAAGGAAUGUAUAUAACAGAGGACUAUCACCUGAGACAUAAAAUACACGCUAUCCUGAAUUAUAUCCUUACUAAUAUCUGUUACUAUUCGUCGUACAGCAUCGAACUAUUUUAUGUGAACAAUUUGAGGCAAUUACUUGAAAAUAUUCCCAUGAACAUUUGUCUGGCAACUUGCGGUAUCAAAUUCUUGGUAAUCCUGAAACUGAGACCCAGCUUCAUCCAAAUCAAUAAGAAGCUGGAACGUCUAGACAGUCAACCCAUGACAGACAAACAAAAGGAUCAACUGAGAAAUGUAAUCAACUUCUGCAGGUUCAUUUCCCUAUGUGUUAGCGUGUUUUACAUGGGAGUGAACUUAACUUAUGCUCUCGCAGGGGCUCUUUCGCAUGGCACCAAACUUGGAUUCGAUUCGUGGUUCCCCUAUGAUUGGAAGGACAACGCAUUUCGAUUUUGGGUUUCCUUGUUCAUACAGACCAUGUUUCAGCUCCAAUUGUCACUGGAAGAAGUAGCAAAUGAUGUUCUUGUGGCUUUGUAUCUUUGUAUACUGAGUGCGCAUUUGCAGAUAGUUAUGGAGCGAUUCGCGAAUAUUCAUCAUGAUCCUAAGAAAACGGAGCCGGAAAGCUUCCAGGACUUCAUAGAGUGUUUGGAAGAUCACCGGAUCAUAAUGGAUAUCUUCGAAAUAAUUCAAAACAGUCUUUCUGUUAUAAUUUUCUUCCAAUUAUUCUCAUCAAUUAUCGUAUUCUCGUUGUCGGGUCUAAUAUAUUUCGAAUUCUCUCCAACGUUCACCGAGACUACGGCGGUAUUUAUAUCCAUGGGAGCGGAGAUAACAGAAAUCUUUCCAUCGUGCUAUUAUUCAGAUAAGUUUAUGGAGAAAACGGACAAGAUGGUCUUCAUGCUCUACUCGUCAAACUGGAUGGACUUAUCACCAAGAUUCCGGAAACAUCUCAUUAUAUUCAUGCAAAUGACACAGGAGAAGAAAAUUAUAUUGGCUGGAAAACAGAUACCGAUAACAUUGACUACUUUCAUGUCGGUAAUGAAGGCUAUGUACACAAUGUUAAUGCUUUUGAACCCAUCACAGUAAUGCUUAAUAAGGACUUCUUUUAAAGGAAAGCAAUGAGACUCGAAUGGAAGCAACUGUAGUUCAAAGAAAAAUAUAAUUUUCAAUUUAGGAGGAACAUGUUAGCUUACUCUUUUUCAUACACUUAGAAAAUAUACAUAAUGAAAUAAAA